CCUUGGGGACUUUCUUUCAAGAAAGAAACUGAAACUCAGAAAGGCAGUCCAUAAGUAGAGGAGCUGGCACCUGGCUUCUAGGGGUUUUGUGGGGUUCGUGGAGUCCUGUCGUGUCUCAUUGCUGACCGUCUAGCGGCACAGGGCAGACGCUCGCGAGAGGCUUCGGGACGAGAAUGUUUCACUUAAGGACUUGUGCUGCUAAGUUGAGGCCGUUGACGGCCUCCCAGACUGUGAGGACAUUUUCACAAAACAGACCGGCUGCAGCUAGGACGUUUGGGCAGGUUCGGGGCUAUACCGCCCCCGUUGCUGCUGAGCCCUUCCUCAGCGGGACUAGCUCCAACUAUGUGGAGGAAAUGUACUAUGCGUGGCUGGAAAACCCCAAAAGCGUACACAAGUCAUGGGACAUUUUUUUCCGAAACACCAAUGCCGGAGCGCCCCCAGGCACCGCCUACCAGAGCCCGCUCCCCCUGAGCCCAGGCUCACUGUCCGCCAUGGCCAGAGUGCAGCCCCUGGUGGAAGCCCAGCCCAACGUGGACAAGCUGGUGGAGGACCACCUGGCAGUGCAGUCGCUCAUCAGAGCCUACCAGAUACGAGGGCACCAUGUAGCGCAGCUGGACCCCCUGGGAAUUUUGGAUGCCGACCUGGACUCCUCCGUGCCCGCUGACAUUAUCUCAUCCACAGACAAACUUGACCUUGCAGUUUUCAAGGAACGACUCCGAAUGCUAACCGUAGGAGGAUUCUAUGGGCUGGAUGAGUCUGAUUUGGACAAGGUCUUCCACCUGCCCACGACCACGUUCAUCGGGGGACAGGAGUCGGCGCUUCCUCUGCGGGAGAUCAUCCGGCGGCUGGAGAUGGCGUACUGUCAGCACAUCGGGGUGGAGUUCAUGUUCAUCAAUGACCUGGAGCAGUGCCAGUGGAUCCGGCAGAAGUUUGAGACACCGGGGAUCAUGCAGUUCACCAACGAGGAGAAGCGGACCUUGCUGGCCAGGCUCGUGCGGUCUACCAGGUUUGAGGAUUUCCUGCAGCGAAAGUGGUCGUCCGAGAAGCGCUUUGGUCUGGAGGGGUGCGAGGUGCUGAUUCCUGCGCUCAAGACCAUCAUCGACAAGUCCAGUGAGAAUGGAGUGGACUACGUGAUCAUGGGGAUGCCCCACAGGGGGCGGCUGAACGUGCUUGCCAAUGUCAUCAGGAAGGAGCUGGAGCAGAUCUUCUGCCAGUUCGAUUCAAAGCUGGAGGCUGCCGAUGAGGGUUCCGGGGACGUGAAGUACCAUCUGGGCAUGUACCACCGGCGCAUCAACCGCGUGACCGACAGGAACAUCACCCUGUCACUGGUGGCCAACCCCUCCCACCUCGAGGCCGCAGACCCCGUGGUGAUGGGCAAGACCAAGGCCGAGCAGUUUUACUGCGGGGACACAGAGGGCAAGAAGGUCAUGUCCAUCCUUCUGCAUGGAGAUGCUGCCUUCGCCGGCCAGGGCAUCGUGUAUGAGACCUUCCAUCUGAGCGACCUGCCGUCCUACACAACUCACGGCACCGUCCACGUGGUCGUCAACAACCAGAUCGGCUUCACCACAGACCCGCGCAUGGCCCGCUCCUCACCCUACCCCACUGACGUGGCCCGCGUCGUGAAUGCCCCCAUUUUCCACGUGAACGCGGAUGACCCAGAGGCCGUCAUGUACGUGUGCAAGGUGGCAGCCGAGUGGAGGAGCACAUUCCACAAGGACGUGGUGGUGGACCUGGUGUGCUACCGGCGCAAUGGCCACAACGAGAUGGACGAGCCCAUGUUCACGCAGCCGCUCAUGUACAAGCAGAUCCGCAAGCAGAAGCCAGUGCUGCAGAAGUACGCGGAGUUGCUGGUGUCCCAGGGCGUGGUCAACCAGCCUGAGUACGAGGAGGAGAUCUCCAAGUACGACAAGAUCUGCGAGGAGGCCUUCACCAGGUCCAAGGACGAGAAGAUCCUGCACAUCAAGCACUGGCUGGACUCCCCCUGGCCUGGCUUCUUCACCCUGGACGGGCAGCCGAGGAGCAUGACCUGCCCACCCACGGGCCUGACAGAGGACAUUCUGACGCACAUCGGGAACGUGGCCAGUUCCGUGCCUGUGGAGAACUUCACCAUUCAUGGAGGGCUGAGCCGCAUCCUGAAGACACGCGGGGAGCUGGUGAAGAACAGGACCGUGGACUGGGCCCUGGCGGAGUACAUGGCUUUCGGCUCCCUCCUGAAGGAGGGUAUCCACAUCCGACUGAGCGGCCAGGAUGUGGAGCGAGGCACCUUUAGCCACCGCCACCACGUGCUCCAUGACCAGAACGUGGACAAGAAGACCUGCAUCCCCAUGAACCACCUCUGGCCCAACCAGGCUCCCUACACUGUGUGCAACAGCUCGCUGUCUGAGUACGGGGUCCUGGGCUUCGAGCUGGGUUUUGCCAUGGCCAGUCCCAACGCCCUGGUCCUCUGGGAGGCACAGUUUGGUGACUUCCACAACACGGCCCAGUGCAUCAUCGACCAGUUCAUCUGCCCAGGACAGGCCAAGUGGGUGCGGCAGAACGGCAUCGUGCUGCUGCUGCCCCACGGCAUGGAGGGCAUGGGUCCAGAACAUUCCUCUGCCCGGCCAGAGCGGUUCCUGCAGAUGUGCAAUGACGACCCGGACGUCCUACCAAACCUGGAGGAGGCCAACUUCGACAUAAACCAGCUGUACGACUGCAACUGGAUCGUCGUCAACUGCUCCACGCCCGGCAACUUCUUCCAUGUGCUGCGGCGGCAGAUCCUCCUGCCCUUCCGGAAGCCGCUCAUCAUUUUCACCCCCAAGUCCCUGCUGCGGCAUCCCGAGGCCAGAACCAGCUUCGACGAGAUGCUCUCAGGAACCCACUUCCAGCGGGUGAUCCCAGAAGACGGCCUGGCGGCUCAGAACCCAGCAAACGUCCGGAGACUUCUCUUCUGCACCGGCAAGGUGUACUAUGACCUCACCCGCGAGCGGAAGGCCCGGGGCAUGGCCGAGCAGGUGGCCAUCACCAGGAUUGAACAGUUGUCCCCGUUCCCCUUCGACCUGCUGCUGCAGGAGGUGCGCAAGUACCCCAAUGCUGAGCUGGCCUGGUGCCAGGAGGAGCACAAGAACCAGGGCUACUACGACUACGUGAAGCCGCGGCUGCGCACCACCAUCAGCCGUGCCAAGCCAGUGUGGUACGCUGGCCGGGAUCCAGCCGCGGCUCCGGCCACUGGCAACAAGAAGACCCACCUGACAGAGCUGCAGCGCCUCCUGGACACGGCCUUCGACCUGGACGCCUUCAAGAACUUCUCGUAGACGCUGCCCAGGCCGCCUGAGCCGCCACCCUCCACGCCACGGCCGCCCCUCGCUUCUCCACUAAAGAAUAGUGCCUCAGCGCUGUCCGCACCUCUGCUGUCCACCGCACAGCACACCCUGUCCCGCUUAACGUUAGGCUGCUAUACCCCCAGCGCUUGGCCACCCCCAGGCCAGAUGCCCCCAGGCACCGUGACUUCUGUCCAGCUGAGCAUCCCGCGUGGAGAGGGGCCCUUGCGGGUGUCCCAGGAGGGUCUGCUGUGCCCCGGCCCUCUCACACUGCAGGCCCAGCCUCACACCACCCACCCCAACCCCCAGAGCGGCGGGAGAGGGCAGGCUCCACUGGGGCCCCCACUGCGUGGUGAACCGAGGCGCUGGGUGGGGCUGCGGGCGGGAGGUGGCCUGCAUCUGGCCUGACACAGAGAGGGCAGGUCUGCUCUCUGCGGCAUCCACUUCUGGCCCUCGAGAGGGGCCUGGGCCACUCGUGGGGCCCGUGCACACUGCACCCACCUGGGGCCAGGCCACACCCAGGCCACAGGAUGCGGGGCUCAGGGCCAGGCCAGGGCGUGGCCACUGCCUGCCCCCCGCACACACACCCGCCCCCUCAGCCCACCCUCGUGUCCCGCUUCUCCUGACACCAACGCUGUGGAGACGGAAGCGGUCUUGUCUGUGCCGUGCCGUAGCUGGUCAGGGGGUACAGGAGGUCCGGGGCCAGGGGCGGCUCCCCUCACCCAUCACAGGGACAAAUCUGAUUUAUUUAUUUUGGUUAAAAAAACAAAAACAAAAAUAACUUUGCAUUGCAUUUGGCUUGACCCAUAAACGAAGUUACCCUCA